CAUCUUAUUAGUCACAAUGACGCAAUCAGGACGGGCAUUUGAAUCUGCCCACACACUAAAUUAAGAAGAAUGGAUUGCUAUGAAUAACUCACCCCUGUCCCCAAUAAAUAGAGGCGACCCUUUGCACCCAAGCGCAGAUUGACCAGGGGUCUCCUGCGAUCCUCUGUGUGCACUGCUCCAACCCUGCCCGGAAGCUCUGCACAUCAUCUCAAUGAAGACCGAGGUUGGCUCCCGGGGUCCCCCGGACAGUCUGGCCGAGGAUGGUGUCGGCAGCAGCAGCAGAAACUCUGCUCCCUCGCCCGCAGACCGGCCCGACCCGCCGAUCCUCGAGGAACCGCCCAAGGUUCUUGCGACUUUCAUUUUUACGCUGCCGGACGCCAGGAAAGCAGGACUCUCCCUCGCCCUCAAACUCUUCGAGGGGGUUGGAGCUCGGGUCUCCCACCUGGAAAGCAGAGCAGCGAGGGAGAGCAGGACCGGCUCUGAAGAUCUGGACAUCUUCAUCGGGUGUGAGCUGCCCAGUGUCGUUGUCAGCGCUCUGCUCAACUCGCUGAAAAGAGUGGCCAAAAAUGUCAGCGCAGUCAGAGAGAAGGAAGUCCCCUGGUUUCCAAGAAGCAGACGAGAUCUUGACAUGUGUCAACAGCUGAUGACCAAGUUCGAACCCAACUUGGAUCAGGAUCACCCAGGACACAAUGAUCCGGAGUACAAGGAACGGAGAUUGCAGAUCGCAGGUCUAGCACUGGGAUACAAACAGGGAGAACCAAUCCCAAGGGUGGAAUACACAGCAAAGGAGAUAGAGAUCUGGAAGGUGGUCUACACUAAGUUGACCACUUUGUACCCAAGUCAUGCCUGCAAACAAUUUUUGGAUGCCUUCCGGUUGCUGGAGCAGCAGUGUGGUUACCGAGCGGACAACAUCCCACAACUUCAGGACGUCUCCGUGUUCUUGCAAGGCAGGACAGGCUUUCAGCUGCGACCUGUGGCCGGACUCCUCUCCGCUCGAGAUUUCCUGGCCAGCCUGGCAUUCAGUGUCUUUCAGUGCACGCAGUACAUCCGCCACCCUACAUCUCCAAUGCACUCCCCGGAACCAGACUGUUGCCAUGAGUUACUGGGCCAUGUUCCCAUGUUGGCAGAUGCAGAAUUUGCUCAGUUCUCCCAGGAACUUGGCCUUGCAUCACUUGGAGCAGCAGAUGAAGAUAUCGAGAAACUGUCCACCCUUUACUGGUUUACAAUAGAGUUUGGUCUCUGUAAACAGAAUGGAGCUCUGAAGGCCUACGGAGCUGGUCUGCUCUCUUCAUAUGGGGAGCUAAUGUACGCUCUCUCAGGGCAGCCCCAAUACAAAGACUUUGACCCCCAGUUGAUCGCCCACUUGAACUAUCAAGACCAGACCUACCAACCAGCCUACUUUGUGGCAGAGAGCUUCGAAGACGCAAAAUCCAAACUCUGGGCGUAUGCCUCCAAUAUCAGGAAGCCAUUCUCACUGCGUUAUCGUCCACAAACCUGGAGUGUGGAGAUACGCGACAGGCCAGACACGGGCAAGGAUGCACUGACCCAUUGCAGGGAGGACCUCAACAAACUCUACUUCGCUCAUGAUAAACCUUCUUAAACAAGUUGUUCCCACGGUGGCAAUGGGCAGGUUGACAUUUGUUGGAUUUCGCUCCUGGGAACUUAGCCAUGAUCUUAUCAAAGCACCCAGAGAUAUAAUGAAUAGUCCAGGUUCUUUAUGAUAUCAUGAAUGUGUUCCUGAAUGUAGAGUUUAAGCUGCUGAGAUUAUGUCUGAGUAACUGUGACUGGGUCUAAAAUGUCUAGUGUUAGGUGUAUGUCCAUGUAGAGAGAGUCAUAGAGCCUUACUGCAUGGAAACAGGCCCUUUGGACCAAUGUACUAGCCAACAUGUGCCAGCUACACUCGUCCCACCUAGAGUUUGGCCUAUUCACCUGUAAACCUGUUAUAUCCAUGGACUUGUCUAAAUGUUUCUUAAACGUUAUGAUAGUACCUGCCUCAACUAUCUCCUCCAGCAGCUCGUUCCAUACACCCACCAAACAGUGUAAAAAAAGUUACCCCUCAGUUUCCUAUUUAAUAAUGCUCCCCCCUCAUCUUAAACCUAUGUCCUCUGGUUCUCGAGGGAAAGAGAGCUCGGAGAGAUAUUUAUUUCCAUUCCCUAAUUGCCCCUUCUACAGGUGGUAAAGAAACAUCACCUUGAUGUGCUGCGGUCAGCCCUGUUGAAGGUGCCCCCAUUGAGGUGAUGUGGAGGGAGAUUCCCAGGCUAUGGCCCAGUGAUGCUAAAAUACCUGUGUUGUACGACCCAGCCGGGAGUUUACCUGAGAUUGCUGCCCUUGGCACAGGCUCACAUAAUGGUUAGAGCAGUGAAGGAGGACAUUUGGCCCAUUGAGUCUGUAUUAGCAUUGACUCUGUAGGCUGGUCCCAGUCUCCUCUCAGAUCUGCAAACGUUUCUCCUUCAGAUACUUAUCCUGCCUCAUAAUUCGAACUGCUUCCUCUAGUUCCCAGACCGUGUAUUCCAAACCAGACCAGGCAUCCGUGACUUGGAGGUCUUGUGAAGGAACAUUGGAGCUGACAAUAUAUAGAUUGUAGAUGGCACAUGCUGUGGCCUCAGUGCGGACUUAUGUACACUUGUAUGUCUGUGUGUGUGCGCAUGCAUAUUUGUG